UUCAUACAGAUCAUUUUAAAUCAUAUAUAAAUUCUCUUAAAGAAUUAAAUUUAAAACAUCGUCGUGUCUGUCAUUUAAGAAAUAGAGUUGAAAGAGGUACAGGUGUACAUUCAAAUACUAUAGAAGGCACGUAG